CGAAAGGACGCUAUGGCAUGACAACACCUGGCUACACAUGAUAAACAGAUACUACACUUCAUGGAUAUGUGAUUCCUUUCGUCUAAAGGCCUUCGACUAAAAGCAUUUGUUCAAUGUAGCGACCCUCUAUGAAGAGACUCACAACUGUAAGGGGGUGCGAUAUGAGCGUACGGCUAGGAAGUGCCUGAUGUAAGGUUUCCGAUGACGAGAGAAUGAGGUUACAGAAAAAGGUUCUUUGCGUUCUCUUGACAGCCACUUGUAUGUUUGUUUGGCUGACGAUGAAAUGGUCUUCCGGGCACUUGACUGAAACCUCUUACGAUAGAUCACGCCCAAAUGCCGGUUUUUUCCAGAGAAACGCUAACCCAGGGGAAUUCGCCAGUGAGAGGAUUGCCGUACACACUUCGCAAAGCCAACCAUUUUACAAAGAUCAUGAUCCAGAGAAACCAGUUUAUGCGACACUGGUUGAUGAUCACAAAGAUUACUUCAUGACAUCAGGGAAAAGUCGAUGUUUAAUGGAAGGUACAGCUAAUGCGUCGAGUGGCUGUGUAUGUAGGAAUGGCUGGCAUGGUCCGGCUUGUAGUUAUCCUGAUAUUUUGGAUGAGACCAAGUUCACAAGUUUGGAAAAGCUACGUGUCCGAGAUGGUGCUCCUAGAAGGAUUAUAUACGGGAUAACAUUCAAUGUGGAAUUCGAAAUGCUGGAAAUUCGCCUUAAGGAAGCUGGAGACUUGAUUGACCUUAUUAUUGUACUGGAGUCCAACUUUACAGGCUUCGGAGAGGGAAAGAAGUUGUAUCUCCUAGACAAAAUGAAAAAGGGAUUUUUGCAAGAAUAUCAAAAUAAAAUAGUUUAUUUAUAUUUAAACUAUUUUCCCACGGGCCCUGAUCCAAAAGAUGGGUCCUACAUUGAUUAUUAUAUGAAAAGUUAUCCCAGCAAAGAAGGCCUGGGCCGAAUCACUGGAACACGAAAAGAUGACAUUAUUUUUGCCGAUGCUGACGAAUUGCAUCGAAGAGAAGCUUUGCUAUUUUUGAAGCUCCAUGAUGGUUACCCAGAACCAGUGGGUGUUUAUAUGCGUAGGAACGUUUUUGGAUAUUUUUGGUGUUCAGGCGAAAGUUUGCUAGGCAUAGGAUGUUCCUUAGAUAUGCUAGAAUCCGUAUACAACAACAGAUGUGGGGAAAUUCGAGGUGCAACUUCUCAGAUGCACAGAUUUGUGUCCCAGUUAAAAGAGUACCAGAACAAAGGCAAUAAUGUGCAAAUGUGGCAGUUUGGACAACCUAAAUCUGUAGCUAAUAUAGGUGGUUGGCAUUGCUCGUGGUGCUUUGAACCAGCAAGGGUCAGGAUUAAACUUUUGUCAGCAUUCAACUACGAUUUCCCACGGUGGGGCAACUACCCGGAGAAGACGAAAUUAGACUACAUCAGAGACCUCAUUAAAGUGGGAUUGUGGUUUGACGAAAAGGCAGUCUUUAAACCACAAUACAUUGGCCUUCAUGCUCCUUAUGCGCCCCUUUACGUAUUAAACAACACAGAUAAAUUUAAAAACUUAUUGUUUAACCCAUACAGAGAACUAUAGCAAUGGUUGUUCUGUAGUACAGAUCACAUCCGUGCAUGUAUCAGCAAGUGUGAUGUCAUGUACUUUCGAAUCACAAUGUUUUCAGUUGUGGCGAAUUUUCAACGCAUACUGUAGGUCUUCCAUUAAAUUUAAUAAUAGUGAUUUAAACCCUUCCGCACAGAUUUAAUCAUAUUUUUUAAGCACAUCUUGCUUAAGAACAAGAAAUAUUUAACCUAUGCAGAACCUGUUAUUUUAAGGCCUUGAGAGGAAUUUUUAUUUACAUGGACCAAUGUAAUGUCAAAUAUACGUAAAGGUGUUUUUACAGCUUUACAGAAUUACAGCUUUUGAUUUAGUCCCAUGUAACCGUUUUGCUUUUGGCGAUAGGUUUGGUGUAAAUUGCGAUGUAGGUUUGUGCACGUAGUUCGAAUCUAUACCUUUGCUUCGCACAAACAUCGUUUGCUUUCCCAUACGUUUAACCAGGUCCCUGUAAUAGGCUUCACUGUUUGUCUUGUCCAUGAAUGAGUCAGCAUGUGCCUUAUGGCGUCCAUGAAGCUAAUAUAUAGCGGCUAGCGAUUUAUUCUGAUCGGAGAUGUGUAUUAGGUGAAUAUUCAGUUGACCUGUAUAUUGACAUGUAAGAUUUGUAACGUUUUUCAGCUGGGUAGAUGACAGUUUAUCAAUAGUUUAA